CGCUGCAUUCAGUAUCUGACAUUAUGCAGAAGUGUCAGCCUUGAAUUAUAAACAUAAAUUUUGGAGGGUUUUAGUGUUCCUUCAAGUUAGAUUGGAAAAGUUACAAAAAUGGAGUCAGAAGUUAGGAAACGAGAAUCGGCAAAAUCGCAUAAUGUAACAGAGAUAGAGAUGGAUGACGUUCCGAAGCAAAAUGGCCAAAACGAAGUCAACGGAGAGGUAACCUUCGAGCCCCUGGACCACGACCCCUCAGGCUGGCUGGAGACGACCCUGGCCAGCGUGGGCAGCUCCACCGAGGACUUCUUCAAGAAGAACAAGUCUGGCUUCGGCACCAUCAUGAGCUUCGUGCUGAACGGCCUCGUGAUAGGAUAUUUUAUAGGAUGCUUGUAUUAUUAUUUAGAAUAUACUAACGCCCCCCUCUACCUCUGCGAGGGUUUCGGUAGCCUCGUCGCCUUCCUCGGCAUCAUAUACUUCUUUCUCAUCUACUUUUAUGUUGUGAAGCGCUACUUCGGCGCGUGGCUCUCUAAGAAUGUGUACGGCAACAUUGGUGCUGCUGGUAGCUUCGUUUGGAAGUUUAUGUGGUUGAGAUUGAUUUUAUCUGUGGCGUUACUGGUGGGCAUCGCCAUAUUCCUGUACGUCGACACAAGGGAUCAACCGGAUCGCCUCAUCUCACUGAGUGGGAUCGGCAUCAUAUUGCUGCUAGGAUUCGUGUUCUCCAAGCACCCAGGACGGAUAGCAUGGCGGACAGUAUGCAGCGGGUUGCUACUGCAGUUCACGUUCGCUCUGCUCUUCAUCCGGUGGGACCCGGGCCGGACAGCGCUGCAGUGUUUUUCUGAUAAGGUUGCGACGUUCCUAUCAUACGGUAUAGAGGGCGCUGCGUUUGCCUUCGGUAAUCUCCUUGUGAGGACAGAGAAUGUCUUCGCUUUUGCCUCCCUGCCCGUGAUAUUCUUCUUCAGCAUGCUGGUAGAGGUGAUGUUCUACUGGGGCGCACUGCAGUGGUUCUGCAGCAAACUCGGAGAGUUGCUGCAAACAGCUACAGCUACUACUGUGUGCGAGAGUGUCAUCGCUGUCGCUAACUGCUUCCUUGGAAUGACAGAGUCCGUGCUGCUGAUCAAGGCGUACAUCCGGGUGCUGACACCGUCCGAGCUGCACGUCGUCAUGGCCUCGGGCUUCGCCACCGUCUCUGGUACGAUACUAGCUACAUACAUCGCGUUUGGGGCGGAGCCGGCGCACCUGGUGACCGCCAGUGUCAUGUCGGCCCCGGCUGCUUUAUGCUACGCCAAGCUGCUUUUGCCGGAGACCAAGCGAUCGCUAACGUCGGUGGAUAAUAUCCAGCCUGUGGUCAGUGAGGACCAAUCUGCCCUGUCAGCAGCGACUCGUGGCGCGACCAACGGCAUCGCGCUCAUCCUCAACAUCAUCGCCAACAUCGUGGCUUUCGUGUCGUUCAUCGCGUUCGCCAACGGCGUGCUGGGCUACUGCGGGGGCCUGCUGGGGAACCCGGGACUUAAUCUGGAGUGGAUCUUUGGGAAGGUCUUUAUCCCGCUCUGUUAUGUGAUGGGGGUACCGUGGGACGAGUGUGAGCUGGUAGGAUCUCUCGUGGGUCUCAAGACAGUGGUCAACGAGUUUGUAGCUUAUCAGAGGAUGGGCGAGAUGAAACGGGACGGACUGCUCUCUCCUCGCGGUGAGAUCGUGGCAACUUUUGCGCUUUGCGGGUUCACCAACCCGAGCUCCAUGGGAAUCAUGAUCGGUGCGCUGUCCGCCAUGGCGCCGAACCAACGCGAGGCUCUCUCUAGCGUGGCGCUGCGAGCGCUGUUCGCAGGCUGCGGGAUCUGCUUCUUGAACGCAUGCUUUGCAAGUUUGCUAAUGCCGGGCGAUUCAUUCGGAGCAUGAACUUUAAGUCGGAAGCACAGGAUGUACUUAGUGUAAUAUGUACUGUUU